AUGGGGAUCCUGUACCGGGAUGGGGUGUCCUGUACCAAGAUCCUGUACCGGGAUGGGGGCGAAUACCGGGGUGGGGAUCCUAUCGAUGACAUCGCGGAUGGCGCCGUGAAACCCCCACCGAACAAGUACCCCAUCUUCUUCUUCGGCACCCACGAGACCGCCUUCUUGGGCCCUAAAGAUCUGUUCCUUUAUGAAAAGUAUAAAGACAAAUAUGGGAAACCCAACAAGAGGAAAGGCUUCAACGAGGGAUUGUGGGAAAUCCAGAACAACCCUCACGCCAGUUACAGUGCCCCUCCGGCUGUGCUGCUGCCAGUGCAAGAGGGAGGUGGUGGUUUUGAGUUGCUGCAGGAGAUGGUUGGAGCCAAGACUGCAGCUGUAGGGGCUUUGGAAGUGGCCACGGAGAAGGGGGAGAGUGAGGAGGACUCAGAUCAGGGCAGCGACCACAGCGGGAUGAAGAGAAAACCCCUGGCUAUGAAGGUGCCAGUGACAAAACGGCCUCGGAAAUCCUCCAGUGACCUGGACCAGGGCAGCCCCUCCCUGUCAGAAGAGGAGAACUCAGAGACAUCUUCUGAGUCAGAACAAAACAGCGACCAGGACUUCACUCCUGAGAAGAAGCCAGUGGCCAGGGCUCCCAGGAGGAUGCCAGCAGGAGGGAGGAAGAAGAAGAAGGUGGAGUCAGGCUCUGACUCGGAUUCCAAAGUGGAUUCGGAUUCAGAGAUGGGAAAUGCCACUGUGGACAUGACCAAGUCGGAUUCCAACUCCGAUUCUGACUCGGACGUGUCUGUGAAGAAGCCUCCACGGGGCAGGAAACCAGCUGAGAAACCCCCUCCCAAGCCCCGGGGCAGGAAACCCAAGCCCGAGCGUGUCCCCACCAGCUCCAGCAGUGACAGCGACAGCGACAGCGACGUGGAUCGUAUCAGUGAGUGGAAGAGGAGGGAUGAGGAGCGACGGCGGGAGCUGGAGGAGAAGAGGAAGAGGGAGCAGGAGGAAGAGAUUCGUCGGCUCCGGGAGCAGGAGAAGGAGGAGAAAGAGAAGAGGAAGGAGAAAGCAGAGAAGAGUGAAGAGAUGCACUCAGAUUCAGACAGCAGUGCUGAGGAUGAAGUGCCCAAAAAGGGCCGGAAAGGUCGGGCCAAAGCUCCGUCCUCCUCGGACUCGGAACUGGAGCUGGAGAAAGAGCCCACAGUGGAAGAGAAACUUCAGAAGCUUCACAGUGAGGUCAAGUUUUCCCUGAAGGUGGAUAACCCGGACAUCAAGCGGUGCCUCAAUGCUCUCGAGGAGCUGGGCACACUCCAGGUCACCUCACACAUCCUCCAGAAGCACACUGACGUGGUGGCCACGCUGAAGAAGAUCCGUCGCUACAAAGCCAACAAGGACGUGAUGGAGAAGGCUGCUGAGGUCUACACCCGCUUGAAGUCACGUGUCCUGGGACCAAAGAUGGAGGCAAUCCAGAAAGCCAACAAAGCUGGGGCUGAGAAGGAGAAAGGGGAGGUGGAGAAGAGCCAGGAGAAGCUGUCGGGAGGGGAGACACGGAAUGAGAAGGGAGAAGAGGAGACAAAUGCUGAGCUGUCAGGGCCUGUGAAUGGUGAAUCCUUGUCCCAGAAAGCAGAGGCCACAGAGGAGAAGGACAAAAGCCAAGGGGCAGGAGCUGGGGAACCAGAGGCGUCCAAUGAGGAGCCCCUCAACAACCUGCAGGACCAUCCUGUGGCCGGGCUGGAGCGGGAACGGGCUCACGGGGACUCGGAGGCUGUUGGGGACACAGAGGAAAGCUGA